CAUUACUUUGACAAACAGACAACCAAUUAUAUUUAAAAUAAUCUUCACACUAUGUGCUGAAGUUAUUCGAGGAUGUAGGCUAUUUAACGUGGUUAAAUAUAUCGGUAAGCUAUGAAAACCUUUUUUUUAAUAUCCUAAAUUGUUUUGAACUUUUUGAUGAGUUAACUAAUGUGUUUUACUUCAGUGUUUGGCAGCCAAUGACAAGCACUGGGAAUUGUAUUCGUGUUAAUAUGCGCGCUCCUUUCUUCUGCUUGGCAUUUGGUGUCCGGUGACAAGGAAUGCUCACAUUCCUAGAUCAGGACUAGUCCUACAAAUGUUUGUUUCUGUGCAACUCAACCAUUGUAACCCGCACUGUUUUAAUUUAGUUAGAUGUAUUGUUUUUUCAGUUAACUUAUUGAUGUUAUGUAGGCUGGUUUCGUUUUCAAAAUACCCCAUACUUCCGCAUCAACAAAACCUUACAUGCAAACGGUGUAGGCUAUUUGACUGCGAGUUAACAAUUUCGUUGUGAUUUAUCAAAUGACAAUUCCAAUCUGAGUGCAAGACUGGGUGUCGUUUGAGUGACAUGUGGGUGUGUGGCUCUGCGCCAAACAUGCCACUGGGUCUCCUUUCAAUAUUGUUCAACCCUGGAACUUGUUUGCAUACAUCGACUGUUCGGGUCUUAUAUCCUUUAUUUCACACUUGUAUUAAUACAAUUCCUAAAUGUAAGUAGCAAACAGCUUCUCUGAAAAUGUGCAUGUUUACAGUCCGGUUAUGAGUUUGGAACCUUCCCAUUGACGCAUAAUUAUUCGGGAAACAGAGACUUAGUCAUGCAGAAAGAUGCGGUGUUAAGUGACACUUUGUAUCAAGUAGUUGUUUUACGAACUCUUUGAAGCAGCAUUCGUACUCGUAAGCUGGUCAAAUUGUGUCUUAAUAUGGAUGCUGCGUGGGAACCAGAGGGGACCAUGCUUUCUCCGUGGGUGGUAAUGAUCGAUGUACAUUUUCGACGCAUGUAGGGCUUUUAAACAAACAAACAAAAUAUUCAAUAAACCAGUCGGCAAUGCAGUGGUUGUUACAUUUGAUCUAAUUAUUGAUGAAGAAAACGAUUCAAAGCAGAUAUUUUGAUCGUAGUAAAUUUCGCAAGCAACACCACGGGUUCAGUGUACAGUCGGCACCAUGCCGCCCGCCUGCAUCCUUCGAAGCAUGUUGCCAUUUUCGAGUUAGGCAAUAGGCCCUACGUCAGAGCUGGUAUUAUACAAUCGUUUGUGCUGUUCAAGAUUUACGACCAGUCCCACUGACCAUAUUUAUGGCUUUUACGGUGUGAUAUUUGUUGUUUCUAAGUAGGCUAUUCAGUUCACCGUCUUUAGCUUAACAUUUUUGCAUGAUGAAACACAGCCUCAAUCACGAUGUAUCAACUCCCUUUUAUCGAUUUUCAUAUCAUAAUCGGCUCUGUGACCACUGACAUUUGAGCAUCACAUGGAUGCUGCCACAUGCCCGCAACCCUGCCAUAGGGUGUCAGGACCACAUGGCUUUUCGUUGCAUCAGCACUGCGGUUGCAUAACAGCGUCGCUGUACAUGGCCAGGCUGUCCUGUUCUGGUCUCAUUGACGUGAUGACGGAUAUCCUAGUUCUCUGUCUGGGAUGCAAUGCUAGCGUUAAGGGGGCUCGUCUCCACAGCAUUGUGUGACGCAGGCCUAUGACUGUAUAUUAUGUUCAUAGUAAUGCAUGAACAGGGCCAUAUCCAUGUACUGCUUUUCUAUACAACUAAAACACUCCAGAAUGCUGUUUGGAGAACAGCAAAAAUGACUCCAUCCAUUAUCUUGGCUGCUGUAGGUUGUUUCACCUCAGUCAAUCUACAAAUACAGCUUAUUAGCUAUACAAUUGUAAUGUUAAGCUGGGAAAUGUGAGAAAUUAUUCAUACUUUAGCAUCGGAUGAAAUUAGAAUUUAUUACAUUUUAUACAACUGUAUUUAUUGAUUGCAUUUUAAUGUAGGCCUAUAAGGGAAGAUAUUUGAAUUUAAAACAUGUUUUUUUAAGCUUUUAACUUUUUUGAGAAUAUUAUUUAGAUUCUCAGGGGACCGCCCCAAAUGAGGCACUGACUCCCAAGUUUUGGAUCCACUGUACUAACCUCUGAGUGCAUCCUCUCUGUCUUUGCGUUCUCUUGCAUGCAAUUGCACAUGCCUCAGCCACACCACUUUCUCUCAGUAGCCUACUUACUCUCUUUAUAGCAAAGUUAUGAGGACUUAGUAGUAGGGUUGCAAAGGGUCAGAAACUUUCCAGAAAAUGUCCAUGGGAAGUUAAGCCAGGGAAUUUUGCAAAAAUGUAUCCAAAAAGUUAGUUUAUAACAGUGAAUUUUUGUUGUGGGAUACAUAAGGCAAUUCUAGGUCUUGUGGCAUAUUCUAGUUAAACGAUCCCCAAUUGCAACCCUCUGCAUGCACAGUGCAUUCUUCCAUCAUAUGUACAGCUGAUUCUCAAGAUCUUGCAGACAAUGAUAUGCUAUUGAGCCCACACUACUGCACUGGAGGACUACAUGCUUUCUGAAAUGCCACAGGCACUGAUGUGUGGCGACAUUUCACUGCAGCUAAUAUAGAAGGAAAGCUGUGUACAUUUGCAAAUGCUGUGUGAAAUCAUAUGUGAAAGAUGCAGAAUCAUCUGGCCAAGUGCAUAAAGUUCCCCCAGCGCUCACAACAAGCAACCUCUGACAAAGUCCCUCUACUUCUAUUCAAGAUGUUUGGCUUCCAUAAGCCCAAGAUGUACCGGAGCCUAGGCGGUUGCUGUAUCUGUCGGGCCAAGUCCUCCAGCUCCCGCUUCACCGACAGCAAGCGCUAUGAGCGGGACUUUCACAGCUGCUUUGGGCUGAGUGAGGUGCGUUUUGGGGAGAUCUGUAAUGCCUGUGUUCUCCUGGUGAAAAGGUGGAAGAAACUCCCAGCUGGCUCCAUAAAGAACUGGAAUCACGUUGUUGAUGCUAAAGGUUCCGGGUCGAGCUGGAAGAUGACCGUGAGGUCCAAGAAGAUGAAUAGAGCCAGGCCAAGCCAGAUCAGCCGAGUGCAGAAGGAGCUCAAGAGACUCAACUCUGACGCCCACAGCACCACCUCCAGUGCCUCCCCUGCCCAUUCUCCCAGCUACAGCAACCAAUCAGACGAGGGCUCGGACAUGGAACUCUCACCUGGUGCCACCCACUCGCCAGUCUUCUCUUUCCUGGACCUCACCUACUGGAAAAGGCAGAAGGUGUGCUGUGGCAUCAUCUACAAGGGACGCUUCGGAGAGGUACUCUUAGACCCCCACCUCUAUAAGCCCUGCUGCCAGAAGAAACAACAGCAUGAGCCAGAGGAGGAAGCACAGGCGAGCAGGGCGAACGUGAUGAGCCCCACGCCACCGAACAUCCCACUCACUCCCCCAGGUCAAAGAUGAGGGGCGGAGGAACAGUGGGGAUUUGAUGUCAUAAUGUCUCACAGAGAAAUCACAUGACACUCUACAGAAGUCAGGUGGAGACCGUUGGGAUUUUAUGACGUUCUGGAGCGCUCUCAAGACAGUCUUCUGGGAUUGCUUUCUAUUCAAGGGCAGCUGGACUACUUCUAAAAUGUUGCGUUCUGUACCAGGAGGGCAAGGUUUGUAAUUUUACAUCUGUUAACAAUGAUGGACUCUUGCCUCCCCCCUUCUCUCUGAGUGCUAUGAGAUUGUGAAUAUUCACAAUUUGUUUUCAAUAUAAAAUGCUGGAUCCACUAAAGCUGUAUGAGAAAUGGAGACCUCUGGAACUGUACCUUUUUGUAGUAGGAUAGAGCCAUAUCCAUUAGGAUAGAGAACAGCCUUCCACACUCUGCCUUCUCCUGUCCUGUACCCCAUACACACACUGGGUCUGGUCACUUUCUGAAAGGAUUUAUUCUCUUUUAUUUAGCUUGUCCUUCCCUUAAUCAACAUGGUCAUUGAUCAGACUCCUAAUAAAGGGUAAAGCUGUAGAAAUUUGGCAAAAUCAAUUUGUCAGAGGUGUGGGAAGCAAUUCAGCUGUUUUUAAAAAAAAAUCUGACCAGAGCCUUAUUCUUUGAGGUUUCUUUGUUAAAGGGACACGUCUACACAACCAAUGUCAUAUCCAGCCUUGAUUGUGCACCGGGUGUACUCUCUGAUAUAUUAAUACUAUACUCUUUCCAGUGCACAAUUUAACAUUUGAUAUUGUAAUAUGUAAGGCCAGUGAUAUUGUUCCGUGUCUUUGGAUGUACAUACAAAGCACAUUCAAACGUUUGAGGGAGCCUAUAGUGUGCCCUAUAGCGCUCUCGAUCGCCAGUCCUCACCUGAACCAAUAUAAGCUAAAAACCCACAAACUGACCUUGGAGCAGCACUUUUUGAACACUUCCUAUCUCAGUCUACAGACCAGUUCCAUUUAGUUUCCUAGCCCCUUAGAGCAUAUCUGAAGGUGACGGUAUAGUGGACACUUAUUUAUUCCUUUUUAGUUCUUUGAACACAAACGGGGUUCCGGGAAGGGGCUAUGGUGCUAAAUGGAACAAGGCCUAUGGACCCUCUUAUGAUGUCAAGAAAAGACUGGCGAGUGGGCCAACCAAAAAGCUUCCCUGGUUUUCUCCUAUUGAGAAUUUUGAUGCCCUUUAAUUGUGCUUUAAGUUUGCUGCCUUUCCAGAACUUUUCGAGUCCUGCGCGAUAAGUUGUACAAAUCCGUCUACAUCUUUUGCAUGAUGUUAGUGGUGAAAUAAUAACACUAUUUUCGUCUGCCACUUGGCCUCUGGCGCAAAUACUGUACAGCUCUGAAUAUUUUUGUGUAUAUAAGGGGGGGGGGGGGGGCUACAAUGUAAUGAAUAGAUCGCAAAAAAUAUUGUUCUUAGUAUUGUUAUAUAUGUCUCAUGGAUAUUGAGGGUGGUUCUAUACAAUUGUCAGUACAUGACGUUAACCGAGAAAGCCCCUCCAACAUCCCUCAUGUAGGCUACUUUUGUCGUCACUUAUUUCAAGAAAUGUCUUUUCAAGUUCUGUACCUCCUGCCCUAUCCACUACUGUUCAUGUAAUUUAAAUAUUCUUAAACCAUGGUAAUAUUUUCUGAAACAGACAUUUCAUUUCUAAGCUUUUUAUUCCCCAUGUCAGUGAAAUAGACUAGAGCCUGUAUCAACAUUGCAUAUUGGGGGGGUAUUGUAGAGCUCUGUCCAUGUAUUUGUUCAGUUAGUAUCUAGACGUGAAAGCUCACAUGCCAAAUUAACGCAUACUCAUUAUUGUGUGAACUCGUGCUCAAUUGAUCGUAUUUUAUUCUCUGCAUCUGGUUAAUAUUAGCACUGAGUGUACAAAACACUUCCUCUUUCCAUGACCGACAGACCAGGUGAAAACUAUGAUCUCUUAUUGUCACCUGUUAAGUACACUUCAAUCAAUGUAGAUUACGGGGAAACAGGUUAAAUAAGGAUUUUUUUAAAUCCUCGAGACAAUUGAAAUAUAGAUUGGGUAUGUGUGUCAUUCAGGGGGUGAAUGGGUGAGACAAAAGAUUAAAGUUUGUUUGAAUGGGGUAUGGUAGUAGGUGCCAGGUGCUCUGGUUUGUGUCAAGAACUGCAACGCUGCUGGGGUUUUCAUGCUCAACAGGUUCCCGUGUGUAUCAAGAAUAGUCCACCAACCGAAGGACAUCCAGCCAACUUGACACAACUAUGGGAACUAUUGGAGUCAACAUGGGCCGGCAUCCCUGUGGAAAGCUUUUGACUUCUUGUAUAGUCCAUGCCCUGAAUAAUUGAGGCUGUUCUGAGGGCAAAAGGAGGUGCAACUCAAUAUUAGGAAGGUGUUCCUAAUGUUUUGUACUCUGUAUGAUGGCAGCUAUUUCAACAUACAGAUGGUCACCAUGGUUUGAUCAAAGCUUUACUACAGAACCCUAUUUGUAAUGUAUUUAUGUAUAAAGGCAUCAGACAUGGGACUAUAUAUAAAAAGUGAUGUUCCUUUAGAUUCCUCUAAUCUUCAGGUUUGAUUGAAUGUUAGGGAAAGUGGUCAUUGCUCUGUUAAUUUAUUUGUAUGCGCUUGUAUAAUUUUUUUGGGUUGUUUAUUUUAUAACUUUCUCCUGUAACUGUCAUAAAUUUGUUCUAUUAAAGUAGAGGGCCAAUAGUAUUCAAUUCACAUUAUGUAAAAUGUUGCCAUAUACUGUGAUAUGGAUUGUAUCAAAACUAUACUAUUAUUCAUAGAUUAUGUUUGUAACCAAACUAGGUGUAAUUCUCCUGAGAUCUCCUAUACGGCUGUAAAAUGUGCUUAUUGUAUGUGGUAGUGCUACUCACGUGGUGGAUAUGCACUGUUAUUUGUCUUGGAAAGUCCCAAUUAUUUCUCAAAACACAUUUUUGUAUUUUUAUACACAUUUGAAUUUAAACUUGUUCAUUAAAUGUAGUUUGUCUAGUUUGGGAAUCAGUCACAUUUUUCUCAAUCUCUGGAAUAUGCCUAAUUGUUUUGAAAUAAAUGUAUCUUUACACAAAAGCCAUGAACCUUCUUGAAGCUUUGUCCCUUUUAAUCCAAGGAUACAAUAGCAUGGCUAAAAAGUACAACUUUAACUAUAAUGAAAUUGAAAGAGGACGAGUACAAUGAUUGUACUUCCACUAUACUGUCUGAACCAGCCAUCAUGAAGACGGUCUAUAUUAGCCAUAGAAUAUUACUAUCAUACUGUAUUAUAAAGGUGUGUGUGUCAUCGGGAGUAAUCAAAAACCCAAUAACGACCACCUGGAAAGAGGCAGGGCCAUUCCUAGUAUAAAUGGUGCACACCUGCAUUCAUUAGGCCUCUUUCCACCAACCAAACUGGUUCAACAGAGUCCAAAAGGUGCUUGUAUAGAAAUGUAAUGGCUGUGGUGUGUAGCCCAAAUGUUUAUAUUGUUUGUAUUUAACUACAAUGUUGUUUCUAACUAAACAUUCUAAUUGGAGGCCAUAUUUAAAGCCUCAAUUAUUGCUAUAGCCUGAGUGAUGAACACUGAUUGUUGCCAAUUUUGUAGCAACCAUGUAGAAUCUUAAAAGUUCAAGUAUAUUUCCUUUAUUGCCCACGAGAAGAUGCCCUGUUUUGACAUGGUUUGUGUUUUUAUAGUAAAACCAUCUGUCAUCAUCCUCAAACAAACCAUGUUUUUCAGAUCAUAUACAUUUUUGAAUAAUGAUGUAUUGUGUGAAGUAGGCUAGUCUCUAGCUGUUUAGUUAACGGUAAUCAACUGUCAUAUGCAUUUAAGGGAUAUUUUUAUUUUAUUUUUUAUGAUUCACCAACCUUGUCUAGGUUGUUGACCAACUCUUCUCUACGGUGCCUCCACAGAUGUUUCUGGCCAGCCCCUGAGUGGUAGUUUAAAAAGGUUUAUGCAAAUCAUUCUACGUGUUCUGGAAAAUUCAGAGGCAUAUUUGAAUGAUGUGGUAGUAUUGAGUGAAAUUUCCCAAGCAACGGUGAAGUACCUAGGAAAGGUGGUGGAUACUCUUGGUUUUACAGGCUGAUCAAGAUGUUCGACUUGAGGGCCACCAUAAUGUAUUUUAACACUAGGCCUACUUAAUAUGCAUGUAUUUGACAAUGUCUGUAACUUAUGUAUGUCGCUGUGGGUGUUUGUCUUUAUUUUUCGUUAUUUGAACUGCAGUAGCCUAAGUCUGUCAACGUAAUGUGUCGUUUUAUGGAACUAUAUCUGUGGUAAUCUUAAAUUGGUGUCUAAUUAAAUCUGUAAAAAUGAA